CGCAGCCCCGAGCCAUGAUGAAGACCCUGUCCAGCGGGAACUGCACGCUCAGCGUGCCCGCCAAGAACUCGUACCGCAUGGUGGUGCUGGGCGCCUCGCGGGUGGGCAAGAGCUCCAUCGUCUCCCGCUUCCUCAACGGCCGCUUCGAGGACCAGUACACGCCCACCAUCGAGGACUUCCACCGCAAGGUGUACAACAUCCGCGGCGACAUGUACCAGCUGGACAUCCUGGACACCUCCGGCAACCACCCCUUCCCGGCCAUGCGCAGGCUGUCUAUCCUCACAGGUGACGUCUUCAUCCUUGUGUUCAGCCUGGAUAACCGGGAGUCCUUCGACGAGGUCAAGCGGCUCCAGAAGCAGAUCCUGGAGGUCAAGUCCUGCCUGAAGAACAAGACCAAGGAGGCGGCGGAGCUGCCCAUGGUCAUCUGUGGCAACAAGAACGACCACGGCGAGCUGUGCCGCCAGGUGCCCACCACCGAGGCAGAGCUGCUGGUGUCGGGCGACGAGAACUGCGCCUACUUCGAGGUGUCUGCCAAGAAGAACACCAACGUGGACGAAAUGUUCUACGUGCUCUUCAGCAUGGCCAAGCUGCCGCACGAGAUGAGCCCCGCCCUGCACCGCAAGAUCUCCGUGCAGUACGGUGACGCCUUCCACCCCCGGCCCUUUUGCAUGCGCCGCGUCAAGGAGGUGGACGCCUACGGCAUGGUCUCGCCCUUCGCCCGGCGCCCCAGCGUCAACAGUGACCUCAAGUACAUCAAGGCCAAGGUCCUCCGGGAGGGCCAGGCCCGCGAGCGGGACAAGUGCACCAUCCAGUGAGCCGAGGGGCGCCGGGAAGGGGUUUGGCUGGUGCCUUGAGGGAGGUGGCCCCGACGCCUGCUGCCCACGCCUCCCGACGAGGCCCCGGCUGCAGCCUUGUCCGCAGCCCUUCGGUGUCAGACUGGAGGCUCCGGGCGGCCCCGCUGCACACCCUUCUGCCUUCUCCCCGCACCCCUGAGUCCUCUUGUCCACGGCGCCUCCGUGGACACGUCUCUGCAGCCUCAGGAGUUAUGCAGAGACCCGAGUCGGAGCGGUCCUUUCCUCGGGUUGGGAGAGACGCUGAUGCCAGAGAGGCCAGGAUUCCUGCCUCACGCGGGACCUCCUGGGUGAGCCCAUCGGGCGAGGUCUCACCCUCCCGUCGGAAGGCCCAGCUUGGCUUGGUGGCACCUGGGAGAAGCCCCCUGAUCCUGAAGCGCCUGCCCACUGGCUCACCUGUUUCUGCACCUCCCCUGCCCCUGCACACUCCCACGUCGACCCCCCCCCCCCGCC